GUUUAAAGCAGCAAAGGGCAGUUUAGUGUUUACCUACCUGCACUUCAAUGUUAUCUCCCAAAGCGCUCCUUACCUCGCACAGAACGACAAAUAACGUAAGCAAGCCAAGAAUGCUUUCAACUCAGAUAUUCUCUUGAAUUCAAAGGAAGAUUCUUCAUGAUUUAAGGUCGAACAUGUAUUGCAAAUCAGUGAAUUAAAUUCGGACUAACAGUGUCAUUAUAGUGUGUACAGAGAUACUCCAAUUUAGGAUGUGAUAACCGUACAUAUAAAAUACGAGGGAUAAAUCUGUAAAAAAGAACCAAGUUAACGUGCUAGAAUGAUGACGUCACCGACAAGUACGGCUUCUCCGUCUGAACUUGGGUCUAGCCUUACGACGCAUAAAAUUUACAAGAGGAAAAAAUCGUCCCUGGGAGAAGCACGAAUCGCCGUUGUCGGCUCUGAAAGCGUGGGGAAAAGUGCAGUCACCGUGCGAUUUCUCACCAAGCGGUUUAUAGGCGAAUACGAAGCGUCAGUCGAAAAUAAAUAUCGACACAACUCACAGAUUGAUAGUGACUACGUCACCUUUGAGAUACUCGACACGUGUUGCAAGGGUCCGGAAGGUUGUGCGAAGGACGAUAUAAUCCGCUGGGCGGAUGGAUUCUUACUAAUCUACUCGAUCACCAGUCGGAAGUCUUUUGACUACGUUAAGGACUUAGGAUCAAAAAUCAUUGAUGCUAGAAAAUGUGGUUUUCCCCUGGUUUUAGUAGGGAAUAAGUCUGACAUGGGACAUGUGCGACAGGUGACAAGGGCAGACGGCCAAGAGCUUGGACGAGAACUAGACUGUCCCUUCAUAGAAGUAUCCGCUUCGGAAGACGCAGAAACAGUGUAUGAUGCAUUCAACACAGUAGGCAGAGACAUUCUAUCAUACAAACGAAAAUCAAGGACUAUUUUCGAUCGAGUUUUGGGCGGCCUGCCAAGCUUGAAAAAAUGAACCAAAAAUGGAGAUAUAGUAAUAUUACUUAAAAUGUGCAGUUAUGUUGGGAGUAUGAAUGAUAUUAUAAAAGAUGAAUAUAUGAGAAAAUAAAAAUAAGUGCAAUAGUAUUCUAUAACACAAGAUUUCUUUUGCAAGAAUAUGACCAUAAAAAGAAGUACAAUAGUACUAAAAAAGAAAGUGCAAUAGUACCACAGGAGAGCAAGAGUACAGUAUUAGAUGAAUGCGCAAUAGUACCAUACAAAAAGUGAAACAUGUGCAAAAGUGCAAUAGUACCAUAUUGUAGUGCAAUAGUACAUUAAAAAGAAAUGUAAUAGUACCAUAAUGUGAAUUUGAAUC